AUGGAUACACAAUUUGUCUAUGAACUAUUAGGGGAAAAUGCUUGGUUGUACAUCAUUGCUACCAUUGUGGUGUUGUGGAUUGUUGUGUGGCUGUACAGAGACAGCCUGGAAAUUGAGGACAUCACUGACAAGUAUGUCUUUGUGACCGGCUGCGAUUCUGGGUUUGGAAACUUGCUGUGUAAGAAGCUCGAUCGAAAAGGUUUCCGUGUGCUGGCUGGCUGCCUCACAGAAAAGGGAGCUGAUGACCUCAAGAGGGUGGCAGGUCCUUAUCUGAAGACCGUUCUGCUGGAUGUGACCAAUCAGGAUAGCAUCCAGAAAGCCAUGGAGUUUACCAAGAAGGAGGUUGGCGACAAGGGACUUUGGGGUAUUGUGAACAAUGCUGGACGCUCAUUACCCAUGGGUCCUUCAGAGUGGAUGAGAGUGGAGGAUUUCCACAGCACACUGAAAGUCAACAUGAAUGGAGUGAUUGCCAUGACGAUGACUUUCCUGCCCCUCAUCAAAAAGGCUCGCGGCCGGAUUGUAAAUGUAGCAUCGGUGCUGGGUAGAGUGGCUGCAAAUGGUGGUGGAUACUGCAUCUCCAAGUUUGCAGUGGAGUCUUUCUCUGACUGCCUAAGGAGAGAUAUAAACUACUUUGGGAUCAAAGUGUGCAUCAUUGAGCCGGGAUUUUUUAAGACUGCGGUGACGAGCCUCGACCCCAUCGAAAGGGAGCUGCAUCGCUUGUGGAACCAGCUGAGCCCUGAAGUACAAGCCAGCUAUGGAGACAAGUACCUUGAUAAGUACAUCAAGAUCCAGCGUUUGAUCAUGAAUGCUGUCUGCGACUCAGACCUCACCAAGGUGACCAGCUGCAUGGAGCAUGCUGUGACGGCUGCCUACCCACGCACCAGAUACAGCGCCGGCUGGGAUGCCAAGCUUAUCUGGAUCCCCCUCUCUUACAUGCCUUCCUGUGUAGUUGAUAUUGGGCUGAAGCUGGUGCUGCCUCGUCCUUCAAAGAGCGUGUAACUCCUGGUGACUUUGAGGAAAUGUCUUCAAAGUUACAAGCCUUUUUGCGUCAUUUUGAUGCAGAACAGAGGCUAACUUAAAAAUAUAUAUUUUGCCUUUCAAAAUACUCAUAUUCUUUAUCUACACUGGCCAUGCAAUGAUCUGCUGCUGCAUUUAUUAUUAUAUUUAAUGUGCAUGGUCUGCCAUGCAAAAGUAUUUUUUUCCUAUGUAAUGUCUGCUUGACACUAUUAGACAAUAUGAAAGAAAAUAAUGGAACUGUACAGUAAAAUGUACUGUAUAAAUAUUGUUUGUUAACACUAUGCUGUGCCUUUUGACAUUGUUAUUU